GCCUUAUGUGUUUUCUUCAGAUCAUAACCUGGGGAGGGGGGCUGAGACUGAGAGAUUGUGGUGUGCUGCCUAGCAAGAACUACAAAAGUGACAUUUGAACCCAGGUCUUCUUGAUUCACAGGACAGUCUCUUGGCCACUACACCAUUUCUAGGAUGAAGAAAGUGCCACCGUUCCAAUUAAGCAGAUGAGUCCUCUGGAAGUGGGACAGUUCAUGCCAGGGUAGCCAUCUUUUUUUCUGGAACAGCUCCUGUAUGUAAAGGCUACUUGACAGGCAGAAAUUCAACAGAAUUGUUUUUUGGAAUUGGUUAGUGUGGACAAUGGGAGGUGCUGUGAGUGCAGGAGAGGACAAUGAUGAGUUAAUAGAUAACCUGAAAGAGGCUCAGUACAUUCGGACAGAGCUGGUGGAGCAGGCUUUCCGGGCUGUCGACAGGGCAGACUACUACCUGGAGGAGUUUAAGGACAACGCUUACAAAGACUUGGCGUGGAAACAUGGGAACAUCCACCUCUCUGCUCCCUGCAUUUACUCAGAAGUCAUGGAAGCUCUGGAUCUGCAGCCUGGGCUUUCCUUCUUGAACCUGGGAAGCGGCACUGGCUACCUGAGCUCCAUGGUUGGGCUCAUCUUGGGCCCUUUUGGCAUUAAUCAUGGCGUAGAGCUUCACUCUGAUGUUAUAGAAUAUGCAAAGCAGAAGCUGGACUUCUUCAUCAGAACAAGCGACAGCUUUGACAAGUUUGAAUUCUGCGAGCCUUCCUUUGUCACUGGCAACUGCUUAGAAAUCUCCCCAGACUGUUCUCAAUAUGACCGUGUAUACUGUGGUGCUGGAGUCCAGAAGGAGCAUGAAGAUUACAUGAGGAACUUGCUGAAAGUUGGUGGAAUUCUUGUCAUGCCAUUGGAGGAAAAGCUGACUAAGAUAACUCGAACUGGCCCUUCAGCCUGGGAGACAAAGAAGAUCUUAGCGGUAUCAUUUGCUCCUCUGAUCCAGCCCAACCACGCGGAUUCAGGGAAGUCAAAACUUGUUCACUUACCGCCAGCGAUGGUCCACAGCCUUCAAGAUCUUGCACGUAUCACCAUCCGCAGCACCAUUAAGAAGCUGAUACACCAGGAGACGGCAGCCAGGAACGGAAAUGGCCUCCGGAACCCACCAAGGUUCAAGCGCAGGCGCAUCCGCCGCCGUCGCAUGGAAACCAUUGUCUUCUUGGACAAAGAGGUCUUUGCCAGUCGGAUCUCAAACCCCUCCGAUGAUAACAAUUGUGAGGAGUUGGAGGAGGAGAGCAGGGAAGAGGUGGAGAAGGCUGUCCCUGAACUGAAGCCCGAACCUCCUAUAAAUGUCCUGAGAGAGAAGGUCUUAAGCCUGCCUCUGCCUGACCCUUUGAAAUAUUACCUGCUUUAUUACAGAGAGAAAUAAGGUCACUGUCAGCAUCAAGCAGAGGGAUAGGCAGGACAAUAAAACACUCAUCAGGGCUUGACAAAUGCGUGCCACUUGCUUGCCUGUUAAUGUGACCACGCACGGUGGUAAGCUGGCCAGGGAACGUGGCUGCCGUGUACUUAAAACAUGAUAGCAUUUUUCAGAUUCCUUCCCUUGGUUUGUGUGCUCCCGUUUCAUCCUACAGCAGAGCUUCCUUGGUUGGGGAGGGGCAGAUUGGUGGCAAAGUGUUAAACUGCUUACUGAAAUGAAGAGCUCAUUCAGUGUGUGUGGGGGGGGGAACCCAACUUUGCUGAGACAUCUGUGGAUUUCUCAACCGUGUUUUUUGCCAAGUGGCAGUUUCAGAAUUAUUUUGGGCAGCAUCCAAACGAGUUGCUUCACCCUUAAAAUGGAAGGCAGCAAAACAGCAGAAUCUUACCCUGUAAGCCUGGUCUCCUCCAAAGUCCCACAAAAAAGCACAAUAUUAGCAAAAAGUACAAAACCAGGAGGGUUUGGCAUAUGUCAAAUGCCCAAUUAACAGUUGUCGUUCUUAAAAUCAGCAGGGACUCUGUUUAAGCAAACCCUUGACUUUCAAGGAAGUGUAACACCCUUAGAAAGUUAAUAAGAGCUCCUGAAAUACUCAUUAGGAGAAUUCCUAUAUGAUACAAGAGUGGGGAAGAGGCAAUAUGAGUUCGAAACAGAAACGACGAAGACACAGUGCUUUGUGCAGCAAAGCUCUCUUUUUUGUUUUGGACUUGGUCACUUGAAAACUUGCUGGGUCUGUCCAGGUUGUGGUUACAUCCUCUUGAAAGAAUAUUAAGGGGUUAUGAAGAGAAGUAGAAGGGGAAGGGCAUGCAGAGACUGAUUCUCUAGAAGCCACCAGACCUCUCUGAAGGUCUGUUGCAUGAGUGCUGAAUCAGGUAUGUAAUAUGGACAGCUGUAAACUUAAAAAAAAAAAAAAACCUGGAGCAAGCACCUAGUUUUCUAGGAAGGUAGUUCUGUUUUUUCAGAGCAUGCCCAGAAAUUGGAACCAUUUUUCCCCCCAAAAAAUAUAAAGGGCUGGGUGCCUGGUCUUGUCUGUGACCCAGCAGGGACCUCUGCUGCAGUAAAGGGGCCAGAUGACUCAUUGUGUAGGUUUUUUCUAGAUGAAAGACAUAUAUAAUUAUACACGCUCAUUAGUCUUAGUUUGAUUUUUUGUCCCUUUUUAACCAAUUACCCAAUUUGUCUGUGUACAAACGUGUUGGACUGUUCCAUAUUAAUUUUUUUCUCUAAUGGUAGAUAACUUUUAGCUUACAAAUUUGAAGCAAGAAAAGAAGGAAGAGUGAUUCUUGUUGAAAUCCUAGGGUUUUCUUGUGAGCUUAAAUGGUGAGAAGAAACAUCAAAUAUCCCCAAAAAGGUUAAAUACACUUUUUCAGUCCAUGUUCACUCUCCUUUGGAAUCCUUUGUUUAACAUCAAAAAAUGUUCAUCUCAUUGACAUUGUCAUCCCAGCUUACGAAGAGACAAAGAAUUGCCCUAUGUAGAAGUUGAUUGUCUCUCAGGUGUAUGUGUGAAUCCAUACUUAAGAACGUAGAAGUCUUUCUUAACCAGCCUGUAGCAUACAGAGGUAUCCCCAGGGUCUGUGCAAGACAGCAAUGAUGUGCAAUCAUCUGUCAGAAAUUUGAUAAAACCUUGUUUUUGUGGUCCAUCUGGGGCCACCUACAGCCCAGGCACUGCAUGUCCAAUGUUCUGUUUCAUCUUGUGCCGUCUGAUGCUUUAAGGCAACAAAACGAAUCAUUUGUAGAUCUCUGAUCUCCAUUUUGUACCUGCGAGUUCAGAACUCAUCUUCUUAUAAAGUAAAAGCUGAAAGCUAACACAUGCAGCUGUCUGUCAAAAAUCCUCAUGUUCUCGUUAGUUCUCCUCUGUUUAAACUGUUCAACAUUUUAAAUUUGAAUGAAGCUGCCUUUUAUCGAGUCAGUUGAUCCAUUUAGCCUGACUGGCAACAACUUGUGUAGUGUGUGCCUCUCCAGAGGCAAACCCAGAUUUCAUCUUCCUUUGCCAGAGAAGCUACCAAGUUAUCCUACUUGAUUUCAAUUUUAUUUUAAAAUAAUCUGGUGAACGAGCUUCUUUGAGAUAACUGAAAGCUGCCCUAAAGGGAGGCCUUCUUUCCAUUAACCAUGUUUAACUUCUCUUCCCCCGUAGCAUUAUCAAAGAGAUUGUGUGAGGGUUUUUUCUUCAUCGUCUUGUCUAUUUUUAAAUCCUCUAGGGCUUUUUUAAAAAAAACAAUGCAUAGAAAAAUAGUAUCUUGUAGGGCUUUUCCCCUUAUUUUGGCUGAAAAAUACAUUUACAAGUAGUUGUGAUCAGUCCACUUGUUGUAUUGUCGACAAACAAAGGUAGCAAACGUGUGCCUUGUGUGCACGCGCAGACAGCAUAAUUGUGAAAUAACUUAGGCUGUAGCAUUGUAACAGAAGGAGAAUUGUCAGUGGUAUUCUUACACACCAGCAUUUACACAGAAUGUUUAAUUCAAUUCAGUGGGGGAUGUUAGUAAACAAACUGUAGCUGCCGUCGUUAUUUUUUGUAAAAUCUGUAAACCAAUUUCUCCUUCCACCAUCAACUGUCUGCAAUCUGCACAUACCUGCGUUUAAGCUUCAUGUGGUUGUUCAUAGCUUUUGAUCGGAUUGCUGAGUUGUACACUUGCAGAAGGAAGCUUUCUUCCAUAGGUUCCAUUCUCAUACAGUAACUGAAGAUGUACAUAUCUGUAGAAAUGAAGAUUUGGCUGGUGGGGAGAGUGCUUUCUGAGGCAUGGAGAAAUGUUGGAAGCAAAAGAUCUAAAAUGCAAUUUUUUAUUAAAAUAAAAUGUUUGUGUCAAUCAA